UUAGCUCUCCACCUGCCCAUCUGUCUGUCCCCAGAGCCAUGGAGAGAGCCAGUGUGAUCCAGAAGGCCAAGUUGGCCGAGCAGGCUGAACGCUAUGAGGACAUGGCAGCCUUCAUGAAGAGCGCCGUGGAAAAGGGUGAGGAGCUGUCUUGCGAAGAGCGCAACCUGCUCUCAGUGGCCUACAAGAAUGUGGUGGGUGGUCAGCGGGCUGCGUGGAGGGUCCUGUCCAGUAUUGAGCAGAAGAGCAAUGAGGAAGGCUCGGAAGAGAAGGGCCCUGAGGUGCGAGAAUAUCGGGAGAAGGUGGAGAAGGAGCUCCGGGGUGUGUGUGACACGGUGCUUGGCUUGCUGAACACCCAUCUCAUCAAGGAGGCCGGUGACGCGGAGAGUCGGGUCUUCUACCUGAAAAUGAAGGGUGACUACUACCGUUACCUGGCCGAGGUGGCCACGGGGGACGACAAGAAGCGCAUCAUCGACUCAGCCCGCUCCGCCUACCAGGAGGCCAUGGACAUCAGCAAGAAAGAGAUGCCACCCACCAACCCCAUCCGCCUGGGCCUGGCCCUGAACUUUUCUGUCUUCCACUAUGAGAUCGCCAACAGCCCAGAGGAGGCCAUCUCCCUGGCCAAGACCACCUUCGACGAGGCCAUGGCUGACCUGCACACUCUCAGCGAGGACUCCUACAAAGACAGCACCCUCAUCAUGCAGCUGCUGCGGGACAACCUGACGCUGUGGACCGCCGACAACGCCGGGGAAGAGGGGGGCGAGGCGCCUGAGGAGCCCCAGAGCUGAGCCGCACCCGCCGCCCUCCCUGCCCUGCCCUGCCUGCUCCAGUCCCCCACUCUUGGCAGAGAGGACUUGUAUGGGGUGGGAAGCCCAACCCUUCUCCCCAGAUGCCCUGCCCCAGCUCAAAAAGGCUCCACGGAGAGGAACCAGCAGAGCUGAGGCCACCUGGAGCCGGAGGAUUCCAAGCUUCCUGCAGCUGUCAGGUGCUCCGACCACUGGUCGUCCCACCCUGACCCGCUCUCUGCACCCCGCCCAGACCCCUCCCCUGAGCCCAGCCACUUCCUCCUGAUUCCCCGCUCCUGCCCCCCUGCCUCUGGAUCUUAGGAAUUGAGGAGUGUCCCACCCUUGUGGCUGAGAGCUGAACUGUGUGGCAGAGACUGUAGAUGAGAGAGAGCGAGAGCGAGAGAGCGCGCGCGAGCGCUAGAGUGUGUGUGCGCGCCUGCGCAGCCAACAAGACCGAGGAUGAGAGGGAAAUCAUGUCUGCUGGGUGUGACCAUGUUUCCUCUCAAUAAAGUUCCCCUGUGA